GACCAAAACAACAGACGAACCGUAUCACGAUGGAUAGCCGGUAACAGCAAUCUGCUACAAUUAAAACUCGAAGAAUGUCUUUAAGCGACGAAGAAUUGUUUGAUGCUUUAUCCGAAGACGACGAAUUACUACUGCAGCUCGCCCUUGAUCACGAAAGAGGUACAAUAACGUCUACUGCUGCCGUCGAUGCAGUGCCUGGACAAACUGGAGCUUUAAUAUCGGACGAAGAGCGUAACAAUGCACCGAAAUCCCAUGAGCCUCCUCUUGAUGCGCCGUCUCCACCGGCAGACUUGGUUCAGAGCACCAACAGUGCGUUUCCAGUCGAGCAUCCGCAUCUAACAAAUCCUCAAUCAGACAUCAGCCGCGUAGAUACAGAAGACUUGGCAGCGUCGAAUAGUGAUGUUGAGACGGUGGACGACAGAUCGCCUUUACAACGCUUUCGCUCGUAUCCAAGGCGCCCAUUAACGGUUACUGAUCUCACAUCUGGUGCGUGGUGUGAAUUACAAUAUUGGUACACCCUAUCGCGACUACCUGGUGGCAAGCGCACGCGAACAGCAGCCAUGCGUCAAGGCAGCAAACUCCACCAAGAGCUGGAAGACGAAGUCCAUACAACAGUCAAAGUGGAAGUCGAGAGCAGAGAGGAUGGAUUUGGCCUUCGCCUGUGGAACUUUAUCCAAGGGAUCCGAACACUUCGAGAAACAGGCCUAACUCGGGAAUUAGAGGUCUGGGGCAUGAUUGAUGGCAAUCUCGUUAGCGGCGUGAUUGACGGCGUCAGCCAUGAAAACCCCAAUCCUCAGUUUGAACUCAAGCUCAGUCAAGAGGAGAACGAUGACGACAAUAAAAAGAAGUUGACAGACUUCUUUUCAAGUCCAGAGCAACAAAAUAAACCUAAAGCAACCACCGAUACGAAAAAGGUGUAUUUGACAGAUGUCAAAACACGUGGAUCGCUAGCACCAGUGUCCAUGACACUGGUUCGGCCGGCCAAGAUUCAACUUCUGCUAUAUCACAAGUUCCUGAGCGAUAUUGCUGCAGGCAACCUCGACUUCUUCAAAGUGCUCCGUCGCUAUGGGCUGGACGCUGAUAAACCAUUCUCCGAUACCUUUAUCGCCGAAAUCGGAAGCCUACACGAUGAGAUAUUCGAUGACGGGUCUCCUAGCCCUCAAGAUGCAUCUGGAGAAGCAGAACCGACACAGUCUGAAGAAUCGACAUUUGUUAAGUAUCACAAUAUUAGGCAAUUAUUGCGUUUGGUUGAGAAGGAGGUCGGUCUUGCGUUCCCUCAUGGCCGAGAAUCCAUGGGCAACAUGCUCCGCGUUCACUAUAUAUAUCGCGACGAUGGUCGGAGUAUAGACAUGCAUGAUUUCCCAGUGUCCAACUCGGCGCUGGAGACAUAUUUGACAGUAUAUAUGGAGUGGUGGCGUGGCGAAAGAAAGGCUCGCGGUGUAGAAAUCGAAGAGGCUUUCAAGUGCCGGACGUGUGAGUUUGUGGAUGACUGCGACUGGCGGCAGACGAAGGACAAGGAAAGAAUCCAGGCAGCUACUCGUCGAACGGCUCGUUCCAAAAGGCACCGUGAAUGAGAGUAUUGGUAUACAUGAGAAACGAAUAUGAACGACUUUUAAUUCCCAGCUAUAUGCAAAUAUAAAUGCCAUCUUUGCUAUAUGAUUGUGAUAAAUUUACGGCCUUGUGGUUCCUCUAUUCCCAUUCUUUUCUAGGUGUCAAGUACUUCUCCAAAUCGUCUCUACCAAAUAUUUCAGCUUGUAGUUUUACUGCAUUUUGUCUCUCUUUCGCAGCCUGUACCUUCAACUCCUUUGCUGAGAGCACUUUCACCUCUUCUUGCACCACAGGCUGCUUCUUCUUGGCUGCCUCCUCCUGCCGCCGCUUGAUCUCCUCGGCGGCUCCAAUGCCGAGAUUGUCGUCUUUGCUAGUGACUUUGAUUGGGAACCUGACGCCUUCGCCUUCUUUGCCCAGGCCAAUUCUUGCAUCAGGGUCCCAGCCCUGAGAAGCUAGAGCCCGCAGACCGAUCCUCGAUCGAUCCAACGAUGAUGGUGGAUGCGAGUGCUUCAGAGACACUUGAUGCGCCAAGGUUGAUUCAUGCUCUUGAAGUGAGGUUGUGAUAGGCAAUGAGCAACUAGCGCAUAUCUCGGGCUCUUUCGAUGACUCGGCUUUAUCAAGCGCCUCUGGCGUCUUCGCUGUGGGCUCUUUCGAGUCGCUUUUUCUCAGAACAAUGCUGGCAUAGAUAUCUCCGAUACUGCGACCAGGCGAUGAUGUGGUACUAACCGCCGUAAUCCCGGCAUCAGGUUCUUGUGCUUUGACGAAUUCCACGCGCUUACGCUUCAGGCCGGCGCCGAAACCUGGCUUAUGGUGCAGGGGGAUAUCGUCGUCGUCGCUGCGGUGAUGGCCCUCAUCGUCUUGGAUGUCAUGGGUAUCAUCGAGACGCGCUGCGGCGCGCGACCGUCGCAUAGUCGUAGACGUUGCGCCCCGUCCGUUUACUUUGUUGCAGUAUUGUGGUUUACAGAUGUCUGAGGGUUACGGUAUCAUGGUGCAGUUGCGAUGACGCGUUGUGG